AUGGUUUCCGAUUCAGUUGCUAAGUAUGCUUUUAAUUUUUUGCGUGAGUUGGAAUAUUCAGAAGAAGACAGCGGACUUCUCCUCGAAUUCCAGGCAAAGAGAAAACAAAAUCGACCAGUGACCGGCACUACUUCGCAAACCAAACUUGCGCAGACAAAUGGAGAGUCACCAAAAACUGACGGGACACCAGUUACGCCAGGAAAAACUGAAACACCGAAUAAGGAAGAAGAUGAUGAUGAAGAAGUGAAAUUCAACAUAAACAUCAAAAAACAAGAGGAGAAACGUGACGAAUUCGACGACGACGAGGAGAAUCCGUUGGCGAAGAUCAAUGUGAAAGCAAAGAAGAAUGCUGGAAAGAAGGGAGGUGCUGGUAAAAAUCCAGGACAAGCGAAAAAUGCGGAGAAGGCGAAAGUGAAAACAAAGGAGGAAAUCGUCGGAUCGGAGCGCCCGUUUUUGGCUCCGAAUGAGAAGCAAUACGGAGUUUCUUGUUAUCAAUUCGAACCUUCGCAAUCACAAGAACCUGCUCCUCCUCCGGUCCCUAAGAAAGUGGCUCAGCAGAAGUCGUUCGAUGGGAAUCGUGGAGCUGGAAACCAAACCCGUACAGUUGUCACUGCUCCGACUGCUCCAUCGGCUCCAACUGCUCCUACACAGCCUUCUGCUACUACAGGUCCUGCUCAAACGAAAUCAAUUCUUCCGAGUGUUUUGCCAACUAUCGAAACGAAUACCAAAAGUACUAUUAGUUUGACGACGAAAAAGAAGCCGAAAGCUUCGGAACAAGAGCGUACGAGCAACGAGGCAUUGGAAAAGACUCAAAAGGGUGAAGGUGAAAAGAUCUGA